UGAUACCUGGAGGUGUGCACCUGAUUUUUUCCCCCACCAUCUGAUACAACAUCACUUAUCAUGAGAACAUUAAUGAAAUCGUGGAUUCCUCAGUGUCUGAAGAUUAUCACAUCACCCUGCAGGUCAUUCCAUGGACAGAACCGGCUUCUAACAUCUCAGAUUAUUUCUCAUUUUGACUCUAUAAACCAGUGUAAAAAGGAACUGCCAGAAUACUUCAACUUUGCAAGCAGUGUCCUAGAUGAGUGGACACGACUAGACAAGGAUGGAAUACGACCAGCCAAUCCAGCCUUUUGGUGGGUAAAUGAUGAGGGAGAGGAGGUAAAGUGGAGCUUUGAAGAGCUGGGAUUUCUGUCUAGGAAAGCAGCUAAUAUACUUUCUGAGGCAUGUGGUCUACAGAGAGGAGACAAAGUUAUGGCAGUUCUGCCUCGUGUUCCUGAAUGGUGGUUAAUGUGUAUAGCCUGUAUCCGAACAGGAAUUAUUUUUAUUCCAGGAACAUCCCAAUUAACAGCCAAAGAUAUUUUAUACAGACUCCAGGCUUCAAAGGCCAAGUGCAUCAUUACCAAUGAUACACUGGCACCUGCAGUAGAAUCUAUCAUGCCUGACUGCGAGUUUCUGAAAAGCAAACUAAUUGUAGCCAAAAGGAGCAGAAAUGGGUGGCUGAACCUCAAAGAACUCCUUGCGGCGGCAUCUGCUGACCAUGAAUGUGUCAAGACAAGGAGUCAAGACCCAAUGAUGAUGUAUUUCACCAGUGGAAGUACAGGCUCUCCAAAAAUGGUGAUGCAUUCCCACUGCAGUUACGGCAUCGGAUUUGCAACCUCUGGCAGGCACUGGAUGGCCUUGACUCCUUCAGAUAUAAUGUGGAAUACCUCUGAUACUGGCUGGGUGAAAGCAGCUUGGUCCAGUGUUUUUGCACCAUGGAUCUGUGGGUCAUGUGUCUUUGUACACAACAUGCCACAGUUUAAACCAGCAGUUAUUGCAGAGACUCUCUCAAAAUAUCCCAUCACUGUCUUUUGCACUGCGCCCACUGCCUACCGCAUGAUGGUCCAACAUGAUCUGAGCAGCUACAAGUUUCCAAGUCUGAAGCACUGUUUAUCUGGAGGGGAACCACUCAAUCCUGAAGUGAUGGCGAAGUGGAAAAUCCAGACAGGGCUGGAUAUCCAUGAAGGUUAUGGCCAGACUGAAACAGUGACAAUAUGUGCCACUAGGAAAGGAAUGGAAAUUAAACCUGGCUCUUUUGGAAAACCUGUUCCUCCUUAUGAUGUGCAGAUCAUAGAUGAGCAUGGGGCUGUUCUGCCUGUGGGAGAAGAAGGCACCAUUGCUAUCCGAAUUCAACCAACGCGACCAUUCUGUCUGUUCUCAGAGUACUUUGAUAAUCCAGAGAAAACUGCUGCCUGUAUACGAGGAGAUUUUUAUGUCACCGGGGACAGAGCGAUUAUGGAUAAAGAAGGAUAUAUCUGGUUUGUAGCAAGAGAUGAUGAUAUCAUUAAUUCUGCUGGGUAUCGCAUUGGCCCAUUUGAAGUGGAAAGUGCAUUAAUACAACACCCUGCGGUCGCAGAGUCAGCUGUGGUCAGCAGUCCUGAUCCACUUCGAGGGGAGGUAGUCAAAGCCUUCAUUGUUUUAGCUCCUGCUUAUGCGUCGCACGAUCCAGAAAAAUUAACUCUUGAGCUGCAGCAACACGUUAAGAAGGUGACUGCACCUUACAAGUAUCCAAGGAAGGUGGAGUUUGUUCAGGAGCUGCCAAAGACAGCUACUGGGAAAAUCCAGAGAAAAGUUCUAAGGAGCAAAGAGUGGGGAAGGGUAUAACAUCAUCUGGAAACUGAGGAGAGAAAGCUUCCAUCCUUUGUACCAGCCACAGCAAAGCACUCUUGGCAUGUGGUCAUGACCCAGAGCACUAGGAGAGCAUCCAGGAAGUAAAAGACACUAAUACAGCUUGAAGAUGUGUGGUAUUAAGACUACUCUGCUGUUGACCUACAGAUUUUCAGAAGGGAGAAAGUGCAAGUAAUUAAGAAUGAGGAAUACAAGAGAAAAAGGAAGAGAUCCUAGAGUUUACAAAGGUUUACUAUUUUUAUUGGAAUGAGUACAAACAGGGUAACUACAGUGUGUUGAUAAUUAGAUCAGCAUGAGAAAUUAAUAAAA